AUGACCCAUGAGCGUGACACCGGCUGUCAGUACCGCGCUGGGAACACCAGCUCGACAUGCACGCUGGUGGUGACCACCGAGUAUGCGCGGCAACCGCCGCCACACUACGAGUCGCGCCAUGAAUUUUCGCCGCCCAGUGGUCCCAGUCGUGACUACCUGCCGCCUCGCACUCAGAUGCCGUCUAUCUCCCCGCGCGAGCAUCCGAGCCUGCGUGUGGGACUUCGCCUGCCCCACCGUCGUCAUUCUCCGAGCCGCACGUCGAAGAUCUUGCACGUAGCACACCGCUUCCGCAGGGGUAUCGCGAAAGAAGACGAGUCUUCUCCGGCGGAGAAGCAGCAGCCGCAACAACUUGCUAGUCCCAGCGGCGCUACGGGUGUUCUGGUGCCCGAGCUGAAGAGGGCUGCUCAAGCCCUACCAGCAGCAGCAGUUGUGCCGAACUGCGUCGUCGACGACGGAGACUCCGACGAGGGUGUUACUGAGAUGCUCGCCGGUCUGUCGAACCUCUGCGGUAGUGCUGCUCCGGCUUCGCAGAUGUCGGACGACGCGCCGCCGAGCUGCAGCCAGGUGCCGUCUCCGCCGAUGAGCAGUUCUGGUGUACGCAGUAUGCACCCCCAGCGCGACACCGAGUCUCUUACGGCCGUGUCAGUCCUCUGCGGUCGCCACAUUGUUACUCGCAACCGCCGGCUCCGGUUUCGCAACGGGAACACGGUCGCGAGCGUGACGUAG